AUGGACCCGCCGCCAAAAGACGGGCCCGAUGGCUCAUCCCUUAGACCCGUAUCCUCGCUGCUGGCCAAGUUCGAGGGCCUGAACAAAAUCGAUCCCUCCCAAGCGAGCUCACAAACCGGUCCCUCCUCACGUACAGCGUCACCUUCACCUGCGCCAGGCCCAGGCCCGGCGCCGGCGCCCAAGCCCGUGCGACUGCGUGAUCGCGAACCAAGCCCUUCAGCGGGGCGCGAACCACCUCCCGUUCCACCGAGUCGCACGAAGGAGAGGUUGACGGUCUCCUCCAACGUAACCCCGACUCCGAGCCAUAUCAGCCAGUCGACAUCACCCACGCGCUCUCUCCCACCUCCCAUCAACCCCCGGCCUCCUCCCACGCAAGCGCCAUCACUAACAGUCGAACCUCCACACUCACCCCCAAAACGAGGUGUCGGGAUACCAACGGGCGACCGUCCGGCGUUCGUUAGUACCGAUUCGGUGGUGGCACAAUCCGCAUCGCCAGCGACGGGGUCUAAACAGUUCAAGAUCCCCAGCCGGCCCCGAACACCGGUCGAGUCCCGCGUGUCAACACAACCCUCCCCAGCGCGACCUCCUUCCCCUCCUCCACCACGCCGAUCUGGAGAGCUCCGGAGAGAGCGGGAUACGAAAGAGACCAAAGACACCGGCCGGUCUGCUGUUCCACCUCCGGUUAACCGCGCCGAGAAACCUCUGAUCGGGGCUGCCCGUAUUUCACUCUUCCAACAACCCGCCCAAUCGAUUAGCGUGCCGAGCCGCGCAAAUGACAAGAUCUCUCCGUUUAGCAGUCCGCCACCAAGUAGUAACGGGACCACGGACGAUGGAAUCCCACCUGCAUUGCCGUCGCGGCCGAGGAUGGACCCCGAUAGAAGUCAUCGGCCCCUGAGUUACCAGCCCGUCAGCGAGCCGUUUGACCCCCCACCAUUACAUCACUCAAUGGCUGCCCGGCGACUAGAAAGAGACGGUAUUAGUGGCAGGGGGGGUGAUCCCCUGAGCCCCCAGUCCACGGGGGAUCAGCCGCCCGCCCUUCCCGCGAGACCCCAGAGCUUCAUAGACACCUCACGUUCGAUGCCCUCCGCCUCGGCCCCGCCACGGCCGCCUCGGCCGGCAGUCAAUACAAACACCGCGCGGCCACAUGAGAUCGGUGCCAUGGGAGCUGCGGCGCAAAAACGAGUAGCAUCGACACCCACGGCCUACGGGGCACCACCAACUAUCCCGAGACUCAACGGGAGAUCGAUGACCAUGGGCGUGGAGCGGUUACAGAGUAGAAUGGCCGCUGAGAUUCGCGCCCCCACCACCCCGUCCACUCCCAUAGAGUCCUGGCAUGCGGACGCGCCGGGCGGAACACCUUUAAGAGGCGAGCCAUCAGCGCCUCUGAGGGGCGAACUAUCUGCACAUGUCACCACAGCCUAUCCCGACACGUCGAGAACGAACCGAAGCAAGCCAUACAUUAACAAAGGGGUGCACGAGAUCGCGACCAACUAUGACGGGCGGACGUUCGAUGUCUGCGGCCAGGUGGUAUGCACAACAGGCUCGUACACGAGGGCAUGGAGCGUGCAGGACGGGGAGCUCUUGAUGAGCCUCGCGAUGGGCGAGAAUCUGAAAGGCUCGGCCGUCAUCUUCAAGCCCGGGCAGAACGUGGACGAGGAAGGCAAGCGGGUCUGGGUCGGCAACAACCACGGCGACCUGCUCGAGGCCGAUGUCUACUCGCAAGCCAUUCUGAACCAGAAGGUCAGUGCCCAUGGCCGCAGCGAGAUCAUCAAGAUCUACCGGCACUACAACGAGCUGUGGACGCUGGACGAGGGCGGGACCCUGCUCGUGUGGGGCCCUGACGAGGAAACCGGCGUUCCGAGCCUGUCUAUGGCGCCUGCCCAGUCGUUCCGUGUGCCCAGGGGCCACACGUUCUCGAUGGUGGUGGGCGACGAACUCUGGCAUGCGACAGGGAAGGAAAUCCGGGUCUUUCUGCCGACAUUAGACGGGCGGGCGCAGUUCCAGGUUCUGAUUCGGCCGCUCGUGCAGGACAGCGCGGGCGAGGUCACAUCGGGCACUUUGCUCGCGUCGGAGCCGGACAAGGUGUACUUUGGACACAGCGACGGCAAGGUCAGCAUCUACUCGAGGAAAGACUACUCGUGUCUGGGCGUGAUGAAUGUCAGCCAGUACAAGAUCAACUCGCUCGCGGGCAUAGGCCGGCAGAUGUGGGCGGGGUUCAACACGGGAAAGAUGAUGGUGUUCGACAUGAGCCAGACGCCGUGGGCGCUCAAGAAGGACUGGCAGGCGCAUAAGAACCCCGUCAUGCGAGUGGCGGCGGAUCGGUCGAGCUUCUACAAGCUGGACCGGUGCCAGGUGGUGUCGCUGGGCGCGGACAAUAUGCUGCGCACCUGGGACGGGCUGCUGCAGGACGACUGGCUGGAGAGCGAGAUGAAGCUCAAGGACGUCGAAUACUGCAGCUUUGAGAAGCUCAAGGCGCUGGUCGUGACGUGGAACGCGGGUGCGUCCACGCCGCACAGCCUGCGCUACACCGAGUCGGACGCGGCGUUCGUGCGCGACCUGCUACAGAACAGCGAUUCGCCCGAUAUCAUCGUGUUUGGGUUCCAGGAGCUGGUGGAUCUGGAGGACAAGACGGCGACGGCGAAGCGGUUCCUCAAGCCCAAGAAAAAGGAAGGGUCGGACCAGGAACGCAUGAGCCACCAAUACCGCGACUGGCGCAAGUUCCUCGCGCAGAGCCUGGACGACCACAUGUCCAGCGGCGGGCUAUACCACAUCCUACACUCAGCACCACUCGUGGGGCUCUUCACAUGCAUCUUCGUCAAGGCCGACCUCCGCGAGCGCAUCAGCAACCUCAGCAGCGCCGAAGUCAAGCGCGGCAUGGGCGGGCUGCACGGCAACAAGGGCGCAAUCGUGAUCCGCUUCAUGGUCGACAACACCUCGCUGUGCUUCAUCAACUGCCAUCUCGCCGCAGGCCAGGGCUCAGCCAACGCGCGACACAACGACAUCGCAGCGAUCCUGGAAGCCCAGCUCCUCCCCGUCGAGCGCGACCCGACAGCACGCUUAGACAGCUUCGUCGGCGGCGGCGACGGGUCCAUGAUCCUAGACCACGAACUGUGCCUCCUCAACGGCGACCUCAACUACCGCAUCGACACCAUGAGUCGCGACACGGUAGUCGCAGCCGUCAAAGCCAACAACCUCGCCAAGCUCCUCGAGCGCGACCAACUACUCGUCGCGCGCCGGCGCAACCCCGGGUUCCGACUACGCGCAUUCGAGGAACGCCCCAUCGAGUUCGCGCCGACGUACAAGUACGACGUUGGCACGGAUACGUACGACACGAGCGAGAAACGGCGCAGUCCGGCGUGGUGUGAUCGGCUGCUGUUCCGGUGUGGUGGGGGUAGGGGGCGGAUCGAGCAGCUGGAUUAUCGCCGGCAUGAGGUGCGGGUGUCGGACCAUCGGCCGGUGAGCGGGCGGUUUCGGUUUGAGGUGAAGCAGGUGGAUGCGAGGAAACGGGCGGUUGCGUGGAUGGAGUGUCAGCAGAGGUGGGAGGAUCGGAGGGUGCGUGAGGGGGAAGAGGAGAAGAUGUAUUACCUGACAAAAAUAAUCGGCUACGACAAGGCUACAGCACAACGUCUAAUUCAAGAGCGGGCGCCAAAGAAAGUACAACGGAGUGCGAGUAGACAUAGGGAGUAG